AUGUUUCCAGAGAUGGAUUUAAGUCAAGUAACAUAUAUAUCAGAGCUACCAUAUUUUCCUCAUGCUUAACAUGGUGAUAUUUCAAAACUAAGAAUAACUUUAAAAUAAUUUUAUAGAGGUAAAAUUUAUAGAAAUUAAUUCAAGAUUGGAGUAUUCAAGGUUAAGCAGAAAGAGAUUAAUCUUAUAAACCUAUUAUUGAUUGUUUAUAAUAAUAUUAUCCAGAUGCAAAAACUUAAGAUAAGAAAUAUUAGGUACUUUUACCUGGAGCAGGAUUAGGAAGGCUUGUAUUUGAAUUGGCAAGUCAAGGCUUUGCUGCUUAAGGAAAUGAAUUCUCAUAUUUUAUGCUUUUAAGUUCUCAUUUUAUUAUCAAUCUCACUUAAAAAAAAAACUAAUAUGAAUUAUAUCCAUUCGCCAAUAAUUUUUGUAAUCGAUUAAGGUAAUUUAAUAUGUUAGCUAUAGUGAAAAUGACUAAUUUGAAUUAGUUUAAAUACCUGAUGUAGUUCCAGCAGAAGUUUUAACUGAAAAUGAUCAAAUGUCAUUUGUAGCAGGGGAAUUUAUUACUGUGUAUCAUCAAGAAAAAUAUUUCAAUUUUUGGGAUAGUAUAAUUACUUGCUUCUUCAUUGACACAGCAAAUAAUGUUUUAGAUUACAUAGAUACAAUCUAUGAAAUUUUGAAGCCUAAAGGCUGUUGGAUUAAUUUUGGGCCUUUGGAAUAUCAUUUUGCUAAUUAGUUCUCAGAAACAAGUAUUGAAUUAAGUUUUGAAGAUAUAAAACAUUAUAUGAAAUAGAAAGGAUUUGAGAUUUAAUUAGAAUAAAUGAAAGAAUCAACUUAUAAUCAUUCAAAAUUAGAUUAAAAAUACUUAAUGUAUAAUUGUAUAUUUUUUAUGGCUGUUAAGAAGUGA